UUCUCUUCUUCUCUGUUUUGUAUCUUUUUCUUUUUUUUUUGGGAAAGUUUGUUUAAUGGAAAAUCUAAGUGUAAUUUAAUUUAAGGGUUUGCUUAUUCUCUUAUUAGAGAUCAAUCCCAGAGGAAUCACUGGAGCUAUGGCUGUUGAAGAGAGCAAUAACAAAGAAAGCAAAGAGCAUCAAGAGAUAGAGCUUCAUAGGAACGACUUAGGCCUCGAGGAUUCAUCAUCUCCCAGAGGUGUACUCGGAAACGCAGCUAUGGCUUCUGAUUCCGACAACAACAGCAGCAAUUACAGUAGCUGUAGCUCUUGCUCCUCUGAUGAUAAAUCAUCUGCGUCCUCACCGUUUUCGACUACUCCUAAAAACGUUUCGUCUUCUUACCAUGGUCUUCAAUGGAACAGAAUGAUUGAAUCUAUCAAGAAGAAGUCCAUGAGACGAUUCUCUGUCAUUCCUCUCCUCGCAAGUUACGAACUUACCCGUAAAAACUUGCGGCGUAAGCAACCAGCAAAGUUCUCUCCCUCUGAUAAUAGUAGUUUCCCCAGCGAAGCUUUCUUCAUGGCUAAACCUUCUUGGAGGAACUUCACUUACGAAGAGCUCGCUGCAGCCACCGAUUAUUUCAAUCCUGAGAACAUGAUUGGGAAAGGAGGACAUGCGGAGGUAUACAAAGGGGUUUUGGCUGAUGGUGAGACGGUGGCGAUCAAGAAGCUGAUGAGUCACGCCAAGGAAGAAGAAGAAAGAGUGAGCGAUUUCCUUUCAGAGCUUGGUAUAAUUGCACAUGUAAACCACCCAAACGCAGCUCGGCUUCGCGGUUUCAGCAGUGAUCGCGGUUUGCAUUUUGUGCUUGAGUACUCUCCCCAUGGCAGCCUUGCUUCUAUGCUCUUUGGAUCAGAGGAGUGUCUUGAGUGGAAGAUAAGGUACAAAGUGGCUCUAGGUAUAGCUGAUGGUCUGAGUUAUCUUCACAAUGCUUGUCCAAGACGGAUCAUUCACCGUGACAUCAAAGCUUCUAACAUAUUGCUCAACCAAGAUUAUGAAGCUCAGAUUUCGGAUUUCGGACUUGCAAAAUGGCUCCCAGAGAACUGGCCUCAUCAUGUUGUAUUCCCCAUCGAAGGCACAUUCGGGUAUCUAGCUCCAGAGUACUUUAUGCACGGCAUUGUUGAUGAGAAGAUAGAUGUGUUUGCAUUUGGGGUAUUGCUUCUAGAGAUCAUAACUAGUCGCCGAGCUGUAGAUACAGCAAGCAGGCAGAGCAUUGUAGCAUGGGCAAAACCUUUUCUUGAGAAGAAUAGCAUGGAGGACAUUGUGGAUCCUCGGCUAGGAAAUGAGUUUGAUCCAACAGAGAUGCAACGGGUGAUGCUAGCAGCUUCAAUGUGCAUACAUCAUAUAGCCGCUAUGCGACCUGACAUGAUUCGGUUAGUGCAGCUGUUGCGUGGAGAAGACGGGCCAUUUGAGCUGCAGCAUAAGGCAUGUGAAAGAACAGUGAGUGUGAAUGCAUGCGACCUACAAGAUCACACCUCUUCCUCAUACCUUAAUGAACUCACCCGACAUAGGCAACUCUUGAUGGAGUGAGUAGAAGCAAUCAAACCAACAUAGUCCCUAAUAACAGAGCCAUCUACAGAAGAAACAAGAAGAGUUGUUUUAUCUUCUUUCUUUUUAGAUUUGUCUUUUUCUUAACUCAGUUUUGUGCUUGUUUAUUCUCUCCAUUGGUUGCGUUUUUCUCUUCAACCAAACUGUGAAUAUCUUGAACAUGUGUCUUUUCUUAUGUUGUUCUGCCGAAC